GUUUACUUGAAAGAUACGAGAUAGUUAUCAUUCUCUAAAAUAAUCCUUUUGUGGGUGUAUUUACGUACUAGAGUGUGAAUAGUGUAUAAGUGUACAGUGUAGUAUUUUAAAGAUGGCGUUGGAUGCAAAUUUGUCAGGCAAGGAUGGCGAUAUGAUCCGAAUGGAGUCAACCGUAACACUAGACCGGGAGAGUGUUGAUGGAAAGGACUACGACCCGUACCAACACAGACACGUGGCACAUCCUACAUCGACCUUGGGCGCCUUCUUCCAUCUGUUGAAGUCCUCGCUAGGCUCAGGCUUGCUCGCCAUGCCAGCUGCCUUCAAACACACGGGCCUCAUCCCAGGGUUCGUGGGCACAAUGCUGGUGGCCAUUAUCGCUACACACUGUGUGCACAUUCUGGUGAAGACUUCACGAGACGUUUGCAAGGAAUGUCGAGUCGGGUCCCUCAGCUAUACCGACACAUGCGUGAAGGUUUUCAAACACGGCCCAAAAAGGUUGAGAACUUACACCGAAUUUGUAAGGCAUUUUGUGGACUACGCCAUGGCCGGAGUGUGCCUCGGAGGGACCAGCGUGUACGUCAUCUUCAUUGCUUCCUCUUUGAAGAACAUUGGCGAUUACUUCUACCCGGAGAACAUAUUCCCAGUGGAGUUAUACUGCGGGGUGUUGCUGGUGCCCCUGGUACUGCUGACUCAGAUCAGACACCUCAAAUUCCUGGUGCCGUUCUCGAUAUUUGCCAACCUGUGCCUGCUGGUGACCUUCGUCGUGACCUGCUACUACACUUUCCAGGAUAUACCCAACGUUGCUAAUGUGAAGCUUUUCAAUAGUGCGCGAGAAUGGCCCCUAUUUUUGAGUACAGCUAUAUUCGCGAUGGAGGGCAUCAACGUGGUAAUGCCAGUGGAGAACGAAAUGGCGAAUCCCCGACACUUCCUGGGCUGCCCUGGACUACUAAAUAUCACUAUGGUGCUAGUGGCCAUCUUGUAUGCGGUGGUCGGACUGUUCGGCUACCUGAAGUAUGGAGACGAGGUUUUGGGAAGCAUCACUCUGAAUUUGCCAGAGGAUGAGCCCCUAGCAUUAGCAGCGAAGAUCUUAGUGGCCCUGGCGGUGUUCUUCACGUAUUUCCUUCAGAUGUAUGCGCCCAUGGACAUCAUGUGGUCGCGACUGAAGGAAAGGUUCAGUGCAAGGUUCCACAAUGAAGGACAGAUUGUAAUGAGAACCUUGAGUGUUACGGUUACUGUUGUCCUAGCUGCAGCAGUUCCCGACUUAGAACUUUUGAUAGGUCUGGUUGGUGCAGCCUUCUUCUCUACUCUAGGACUGUUCAUCCCACUGAUUGUCCAAACCGUCCACAAGUGGGACAGAGGGUUGGGCAAGUAUUCCUACAUACUGUGGGAGAAUAUUUUGCUUUUAGCCUUCUACAUGUUAGUGCUGGUUUCAGGAUGCUAUUCAUCUAUUACUGCGAUCGUUGCUAGGUUUACAAGUACGCAGCGUUAAGAUUGCUUUCCAUGAUCUUUGAUUGAUGGAU